CCGACAACUUCGACGUGGUGCUGUUCCACUACGACGGCCACACGACGGAGUGGGACGACGAGUUCCAGUGGUCCAAGGAGGCCGUCCACGUCAGCGCCAGGAAGCAGACCAAAUGGUGGUUCGCCAAGAGGUUCCUUCACCCGAGCAUCGUGGCGCCGUACGACUACGUGUUCCUGUGGGACGAGGACCUCGGCGUCGACAACUUCACCGCCGAAGCGUACAUUGAGAUCGUGAAGAAGCACGGGCUGGAGAUCUCGCAACCGGGGCUGGACGCCACCAAGGGGCACAAGGCCUACGACGUCUCCGUCAAGAGAAACUCCGGCGACAUGCACAAGACGGAUGCAGGGGGGAAGAAGUGCCCCGACGUGCACCAGCGGCCGUGCAGCGGGUUCGUGGAGGUGAUGGCGCCAGUCUUCUCCAGGGAUGCUUGGAGAUGCGUGUGGCAUAUGAUCCAGAAUGAUCUGGUUCAUGGAUGGGGUCUCGACUUCAACUUCUGGAGAUGCGUCGAUGACCCUGAAGAGCAAUUUGGCAUCGUGGACGCGCAGUAUGUUGUCCAUCAUGCAGUCCCCACACUCAGAGAUCAGGGUAAAGGGUAACGGAGAAAAGCAAGGAAGCAGAGCCAAGGUGAAAGACCGGCAAUACGAGGAGAUGCAUGCCUUCGACUCAAGAAUGGACAAUGCCGACAAGGAGCUGGCCAACUCUACCGCUAGAUCAUCCCAACCCUAAAUUAGUUUCUGUAUUUUUUCCGCAAAAAAAAAUUAGUUUCUGUAUUUAGUUAGUUACACAAGGAGUACUGCACAAUCAGAUAAUAUAGUUGAUAAACACUAAGAAAAAACCACUGGUUUUGUUAAUGAUCUACAACAGACCGAGAGGGGAUUGAGAUGAGACCAUUUUAUCGAAAGUA